CUCGGUUGUCGCGGCACCUUCAGUCUGAGUCUUGUCCUCGUCGCAGUUGAACGGCGACAGCUCAGAUCGACUCUUUCUUUCUCGGAUAUUCGUCCGUUUGGAUUUCUAUAUUUCGCUUUCACUGACACGGACUCGUCUCCAAACACUGUACUGAAGCCUUCUCGCUCUGACACGGUGACUCCAGACAGACGGACGGACGGACUGGCUGAGAGACGCUGGGGGAAAAGAAGUGGGCUGAUAAAGAGAUAAGGAGGAUAGAGGGGAGAAGAACAACCUAUCGAGGAGUGGCGGCCAGAGUGACAGAAGAGCACAUGAAGAGGGUCAACAGCAGCGCAGCAACAUCCUGACCGGUAGCCUUGCUUUCUGCACCCACAACACACGCCCGGCAACUCCAGGAAGCGGGCGUCAGAAAGGAAGGAGACGUGCGACGACUGCUCCUGCAGGCAUGAGGUCCUUCCGUUCCUUUAGUAACGAUGACCGCCAUGUCAUGGCAAAACACUCCACCAUCUACCCGUCCUCUCAGGAGCUAGAGGCAGUCCAGACACUGGUGUCCACGGUGGAGUGUGCCCUCAAACACGUCUCUGAUUGGCUGGAUCAGAGCGCCGUCGCCGGCGAGAGCCAACCAGCGGACAGCACGCAGGACGACGAGCCUGGCGAUGAACCCAGCGGCGAAACUUUGGAAUCCUGUGACAGUUACAGAGAGUCCAGUGGUGGUGGCGGCGUGUUGUGUGGAGUGAUGAGGAUCGGCCUCGUGGCCAAAGGCCUCCUCAUCAAAGGGGACAUGGACCUGGAGCUGGUGUUGAUGUGCAGAGACAAACCCACACAGACGCUGCUGGACACUGUCUGUCACAAUUUACCCACACAGAUAGAGAAGCUGACAGAGGAGAAGUACGAGGUCACCAGCUCCUUGCCCGAGGCAGCCAUCUUGGUACAAACUAAAACAGAGCCCAGACUCACACUGAAAAUCACCCUCACGUCGCCCGCCAUGAGGGAAGACGGAGACGAGGAGGAGGAGGAGGAGGAGGAGGAGGAGGAAGAGGAGGAAGAGACGGUGGAGAACGGGCUGGAGGGAGGAGAGGUUGAGGAGGGGAAGGAGGCGGAGGAGGAGGUGCAGGAGGAAGAGGAAGAGCAGGAGAAGGUGAACGGGCAAGUGUUGGGUGCUGCUGCGCAGAGAGUGGAGGCUGAGGAGGAGGAUGAGGAGGAGGGGGAGGUGCUGGAUAGACACAGAUGUCUGUUGGCCCUGGCAGCGCUGCGACACGCCAAGUGGUUCCAGGCACGAGUGAACGGGCUCAAGUCCUGCGUCAUUGUUCUCAGGAUACUUAGAGACAUGUGCAACAGACACCCCGUCUGGGAACCUCUCAAAGGAUGGCCCUUAGAGCUCAUCUGUGAGAAGGCGAUCGCCACUUGCAACAGACCUCUUGGGGCCGGAGAAGCCCUGCGCAGAGUCAUGGAGUGUCUGGCCUCAGGCAUAGUGCUACCAGGUGGUCCAGGUUUACACGACCCAUGUGAGAAAGAGCCAACAAACACACUCGCCAACAUGACUGACCAGCAGGCGGAGGCCAUUACCUUCAGUGCACAGCAUGCUCUCAGACUCAUGGCAUUCGGGCAGAUCUACAAGGUGCUGGAGAUGGAGCCUCUCCCCUCAAAUAAACCGUCACAGAAAUACCCUUGGUGUGAUAAAGAAGGCUUAGCGCUGAAGAGGCCAUACGAGGACGGAUUCAUGGAUGACAAAGAUCUCAUCAAGAAGAUGAAGAGGAAUCUGAGGAAAGUCUUGGACAGUAAAGCCAUAGACUCCAACCAGCCAAUGAAUGCUCUGAUGCGGCUGAACCAGAUACGGCCAGGGCUUCAGUAUCGCCUGCUGUCUCAGUCGGGCCCGGUUCACGCUCCGGUCUUCACCAUGUCGGUGGAUCUCGAUGGAACCAUUUACGAAGCGUCGGGAUCCUCCAAGAAGACCGCCAAGCUGCAUGUCGCUGUCAAGGUUCUCCAGGCGAUGGGCUACCCAACGGGUUUCGACUCAGACCUGGACCCCAUGAGUUCGGACGAGAAGUCGGACGGCGAGGGGAAAAGCGACACGUCCUCACACACUAGCAAUAACCCCACGCACUCCUCGGACAGCUCCAACACACUCGAGGUGCGAACUCAGGGUCCCAUUCUGACAGCGAGUGGGAAGAAUCCUGUCAUGGAGCUGAACGAGAAGAGGCGAGGCCUAAAGUAUGAGCUCAUCUCUGAGAGCGGAGGCAGCCAUGACAAACGCUUUAUAAUGGAGGUGGAGGUGGAUGGGCAGAAGUUUCGCGGGGCAGGCCCCAACAAAAAGGUAGCAAAGGCCAGCGCUGCUUUGGCAGCUCUGGAAAAACUCUUCUCUGGCCCCAACGCUGCUGCAAACAAGAAAAAGAAGAUACUGCCUCAGACUAAAGGAGCCCUGGCGGCGGCGGCGGCGGCCUCAGCGGUAGCAGCUCAGGUAGCCAGAGGAAGAGGAAGAGCGGCCCUCGCGAGAGGAGCCUUCGUCAGUGCAGCUGCACCCGGAUACGUCACGCCUGGCUUCGGGACACCAUAUGGCUACAGCCCUGCUGCUGCCGCUGCUGCAGCUGCUCCUGCAUACGGAGGACUCUUCAUUGACAAUCCCUUCUACCAGCCACGGACCAUUGCUCCCUUCAUCAUUCAUCUGGGUCCCCAGGAUCUCUUCUCUGACUUCUAGGGGGAAGCAGGUUGUUAGUUACAAACUUAUCUGGCUGCUCACAUGCCCACCUAUUUAUCUGUCUGUCUGCGUGGGCUGCCUUUCAAUCCCAGCUGACGGACCCACAGAUCCAGAACUAGUUCUUCUUUGGUUUGAUCAGUCCGCUGGAAAAACAAAAAAAAAAAACAACAACAAAAAAAAAAACCUCAGUUUUCCUUCAGAAGCGGCAACAAGACGCGUUCGACCUUCUCGCCGAGAGGGUCAAAUCUCCUCUCUCUGUUUCCUCUUCUCUCCGUUCAGAUGAUCACGUCGGAGGAGAGCACCUUUUACGAUAAGCAAUACUCAGAUUUUUACAAAGAAAAAAAGAUGUGCUGCGACUGUGCGAGGCUGGGCUGAACUUUGUGUCUUUCUAAUAGCAAUACAUCGGAACUCCUGUACGAGCUUACCUAUCUUGACUGAGGAGAUGUGAAUGUUCAACGGGGUUUUAACCGCCACAGCAUUGCAAUAGCUCAUUUUGAUUGUAUAUUCAUUAUAUACGUGUGUAUACGUGUGGCUUUAACGUUACUAUAUACACAUACUGUAUGGUGUAUGUUUCUAUAAUGUUGUGCUGACAUACUAUUACUAUAUGACGAUGUACGUAUGUAAAUACUCGAUAAAAUAUAACUAUUGUUGGUAUAAAUUAUUUUAGAAUUAUAAAGUGAAAUCUAAUAUUACAGUAUAGCUUUCUUCCAGUUUUAUAUACACUGAGCAAUUGAGGCUAGUUCUAGAUGAUGCAAUAUUAUCUUUGGUAUUCAGAUUAACCUGUGCUGUUAGAAUAAUAAUGCUUCCUUCCUUCCUUCUUUCCUUCCUUGACAAGUUUUCUCUAUCUUUGAUGUCUUUCUGAGCCUUUCUGAGCACGCUCUCUCCCCCGGCCGACGUUUGUUUACAUGGCGCGGGACGAAGAGGCGCUCACUACUGAACACACGCAUGAUCACCCAAUCACACACACACACACACACACACACUCACACCUGUCAGAAAGCACAUUUUCUAAAGUCUCACAAACUGGCAGGGAAUACCGUUUUAUUUCAAAUACUCUACGUGUAUAAUAUGUGUACAGAAUGACAACGUGAGUGCUCCUCCCUCCACCAUCGACCCACGUUAACGGACUCACACACACAUUGACCCACGAUCGCCUUAGCGUACGAAAGCACAGCUCACUGACACCACUUAAGUUAUUUCUGCAAACGCGCGCACACACACACACACACAGACACACACAUUCACACACAUUCACACACGCUCUUCCCUCCGCCGGCCUCUGACUCAUCCACACUCUAUGUAAGUGACACCGCUGGUGGCAGAAACACAAAGGGCCUUGUUACACAGCGGGAAAGACACAGCACAAACUACUGGGAUUUAGAAUUGGAUUUGUAUGCUCCUGCUGGUACAUCGUUGUUACCAUUUGCCAGAACUGAUUCAUCUUGUCGCAAUGUUGCAGGGAUUUAGGGUUCGUUAUGGGAGUAGGUGCAUUUUAGUGGUUGAAUUGGAUUUUUUUUUUUUCCCACCACUUGAUGCCUUUGCCGGUAACUAAAGCUAUAAGAUGUGAGCCACGGAGAAAACGAAGAGCAGUGUUUCAACAAUCACGGCUGCCUGUGAUGGACUGUGAGGAGCUCUAAAUCUGAGGAAAGACACCCAAAGCUCUUUCAAAGCUGUAAAGACCCUGAAAUCAUACAAGUAUUUCUCUGUUAUGUAAAACAUGCAUGAGUUAAAAAACUUAUUGAACAUAAGAGAAUUUUAAGAAUUAAAUAUAAGAGUUAAAGUAACACAAUGUAGGAUUUUUGGUCUUGGGAGGUAAACGGUCGUAUAAUAUAUGACAUGGUAACAAUGAUAACUGUGAGCUCUGAGGACCUGUGACGUUCUUUUUGUGGCAUGGACCUGAAACCACAAGUUACAUAGUGACGAGAAGUACGUUCACAUGCGUAGUUUAAUGGAGCUGGGGCCGUAGUCCGACUAAGACAGGCAAUUGGACAACUUGCCGAGCCAGGAAAAUCAAUUUGGUGGUCGUGUACAUCUGACUCCGCCUCUGUAGCUGGCGCAGUAUCUCUCUAUAAGCUUGUGCAUUUUUAAUCAGUUUCCUGUUGGUCAAAGGACAUUUUGGUUCACGCUCAGAACGCCAAGUCCGACUCUAGUCAGACUAAUCAUAUACAUGCAGUAGUAAUCGGACUAUGAAUUGCAUAUUGAGAUGCAUGUUAACGCACUGUGCCGUUGUACGUUGAUGUAUCAUCAAAAUAAUCUUGGAGACAUUAUUUGAAGGUUGAAAUCCUACAUUGUGUGGCUUUAAACACAACAGCUCAUCUGUUUUAAUUGGACGCGGCUGUGUCCUUGUUUGGUCAUCGGAUUUUGACAUCACAUCUUCACAGCUGAUUCUCGCUCACAUCAAACUGGUAAAAUACAGACACGUGAAUGCAAACAUGUGAUAUAAAUAGUGAUAUAAUCAA